AUGGCGGAAACUGCAGUAAAUGAUCGGCCUGCUGCCGCUGCUGCUUCCGCGCCUGGUGCGACGGGAGCAGGAGCAACGCAGGCAGCACCUCAGGAUGACCAAUCGCAAGGCGGCUCCUUAAAGCCGUGCUUUCUCUCGAAGCUUCAGCAGAGCACGCCGAACUCACCGUCUCUCUCCUCCCCCACAACUCUCCCUGCCCUCAAGCCACACGCACCUCCUUUCUCUCCAACCCCAUCCUCCUCCUCCCCGCAAGUUCUCUCGUCUUCCCUCUCUUCCUCCGGCUCUUCCCCCCUCACCACCUCCUCCCGCGACUCUUUCUCCGCCACCCCCGGCAACUCCGCGCAGCUCGCGUCGUUCCGCGGCCGCUCCCCCUCCCCCACGCCCCCCGACCCGUCGCGCAUCUGCCUCAACCCCAACGCUGCAGCGUUCGUUCCGUGCUUUUCCGGCGCAGGCGGAAACGGCGGAAGCGACGGAAACGGCGGAACCGGCGCGGGUCCUGAAGGGGGUAGCGGAAGCGGGGAAGGCGGCGACGGCGGAGAAGGGGGAGCUAAUGCUCACUCGGCGGAAGGGAACAUGUAUGCGCAGGCAAAUGCGCACGGGGAGGGUUCCUCUAGUCGUGGAUUGUCAGCAGAGGAAGCCAACUACGAAGGUUCCUCUUUAGAUAGAAUUCCGUCUAACACCUCGGUUUCAUCUGACGACGAGUAUCGUCGUUACGUUAGGGAUCAGCUUCCAGACGAGCUUAUCAGCUUCGACGAGCAGGACACUCCGAACCUCAACGGCAGCCUUCUCCCGCCGGACCUAGACGGGCUUGGCUCGGCAGAUUCCGAACAUGGAGGCGGCAUUUCCGGGCCUGGGGGCGGAUCUCGUCCCGGCGCCGAGCGCGGGCCUGGGGGUGAAUAUCUGAUUCAUAGUAAAGUGGGCAUGCGGGGCAGCGGGGAGGGGCGGGGCUGGAAUCCGGACGCGCGGAGUUACUUGGCGGAGCUUCCCCCCGACCAUCCCUUGCACCACGCCUCCCCGCAUCAGCACCAUCUCCCCCCGCACCUGCGCCAAGGCCCCGGUAGCGCUUCCGCCAGCCCCAUGUCCCACGCGCGGCAUUCCCUAGGCGGACCUCCUGCUUUCCCCGAUCACGAGUUUGGUGGGGGCUCCCCGGCGUCGUUUCCGCGGAACCCUCCGCCCUCCAGCCCCGCCGCGGCUGCGCUUCUUGCGCGGCUCGACCUUGGUGGGGGCGGAGGCGGCGGAGCAGGCGGAGGACCGCCUCCGCCCACCGCGCAGCAGCUUGCGGAGCUGCUAGACGGGCCUGCGCCUGGACUUGGGGGGCUUCCCCCUGGAGCAGGAUACCCCUUCGAUAACUAUCCUCCCCCGCAUUUCGACCACUUGGGGGGUGGAAACCAUCCGCGCCCGUCCAACUCUCUCCCCGCUUCCCCCGCCCCCGCUGGUGUGCACCGCUUCAAUCCCGCUCUCCGCGGCAGCCCGCUCCAUUUCUCUCCUGCCCGCCACGGCCCGCCGCCUCCCCCGCAUCACAUGCUUCCGCCGUCGCAGCUGCUUGGCGGAAGAGGCGGAGCAGGGGAAGGGGGGCGCGGGUUUCCGCCGGGGAUUACGGAGUCGUCCAGGCGCGGGCAAUUUGGACCGCCGUUAGAUGGACCAGGGAGAAUGGACGGCAGGAUGGACGGCAGGAUGGAUGGCAGAAUGGAUGGCCGGAUGGAUGGCCGGAUGGAUGGCAGGAUGGAUGGCAGGAUGGACGGCAGGAUGGACGGCCGGAUGGACGGCAGGAUGGAUGGCAGGAUGGACGGCAGGAUGGACGGCAGGAUGGACGGCAGGAUGGACGGCAGGGGAGAUGGUCCGCCCAUGGGCCCCCCAGGUAGCCCCAUGCCCGGGCCGGGGGGACCUCCUCCCCCUAACACGCUUUACCAAGGCCCCGCGGGAAGGGGCGGGCGCGGAGGCGGACCGUUGGGCCCCGGGGGGAUGGGCGGGCCUGGCGGGCCUGGUGGAAGAUUUGCGCCAGGUCCGCCGUUCAGCCCGGAAAUAGGCCCGCGCUUGGGCUCCCCGCCGCCCCCCCACAUAAACCCCGCCAGGGGCGCGGGGGGCGGAGGCGGAGGCGGAAAUAUGGGUCCCCCAGGUCCCUCUAACAGCUUUUCCCCAUCUAGAUCCCCGCACCCGCGAUACUCCAGACCGGGACCGAGGCGGGGAGCGGGAGAAGAGCCGCCGUCGCCGCUUAAUCAAGGUAUAGGCAGUCUAGACCACCGUAGUCCGAUGGGCGUGGGCAGGGGGGGAGGACAUUUGCGCCACCCGCAGCAGAACCGGCGGAACAGCUUAGAUCAGCGCAGCCCCAUGCACCCGCUGCGGGAUCCGCACCAGCAGGGGAGGAGAGCGGGGCCGGGGGGAAGGGGAGGAGGUGGCGGGGGAGGAGGAGGGGGACCAGGCGGAGGAGGCGGAGGCGGAGGAAACGGGGAGGGCGGCGGCGGAGGGAUGCCCCCUGGAGCGGGAGACAACGGCGGGCACUUUCCUCCGCCGUUUGAGCUUCCCCCAGGGCCGGCGGCGCGGAUGCUGGAUAGAAGGUUCCGCGGACCUUCCGCUGGGUGGAACCCUGGUCCGCUGGAUGAGCUAGAGGAGGGUCCCCCCGGCGCGGGGGGGCCAGGCGCGGAGUACAACGCGCAUGGGGGGUUUCCGCUUCAUGACCCCCCUCCCCCGCCCCCCCAUGGCCUCCCCCCACACGAGCUAGGGGGAUUUUACCUAGACGAGGGGAUGCCGCCCCCAGGCAUGCCCCCGCCCCCGCCGCCCCACCAUCUCCCCCCACACCAUGCGCGCGCGCAUCCCCCAGGGCCUCCGCACGGGCACGCGCCUUCCCCCGGGGGGCAUCCGCGGGGGGGGGGGUCCGCCCCCUCCGCCGCAUCACGGGAUGGACGAUCCGAUUCUGACCUAGGCGCGACCAUUGAGGCGCUGUGGCAGCUGCAGGUGCGCGGAAGGCGGUUGGGCGCAGGGGAAACGGGGGGGGCGGGCGGUCGGGGAAUGAGGGACUGGAGGGUUGGGGAGAUGGGCGGUUGGGGCAUGGGCGGUUGGGGGAAAGUCACACACCUGGUAUUUGCUGGUUCCCUCAUUGCUCUUCCUUAUUCCCACCGGGCAGGAUUACCAGGAGGACAGGGGCCUCUUGCCACUUUCUUAACGCUCUCUUCCAACCUGUGUUACCUGCUUCCUUGCCCCCUUGCCUCCUUGCUUCCUUGCCGCUGCCUCCUUGCCUUCCCUGCCCCCACCGCCCAGCAAUACCAAGAGGACGGGGACCCCUCGCUACACUCCGGCCCUCCCCGCUCAUCCCAACGCUCCCCCCCUCUCGGCUCUCUUUCGAACUUCGCCUCACCUCCGCCUCCCCAUCACUACUCCUCUGCUGCUGCUGCCGCCGCCGCUGCCGCUGCUGGUAGGACGGUUUCUGCUACUCAAUCCGCCUCCUCCGCCCACCCUCACCGUUUCAGCGCCCACAUAGGGAACUCCCCUGGGGGUCCUGGUGGGGUUGGUGAUUCUGCUGCUUCGGAUGGAGGUCCGGACGGUGGUCUGGAUCCGAGCCUCCUCUCCCGUUCCAUGCCGAACCUGAAACCGUUUGGCUCGGCCGGGCCUGGAGCUCCUGGGCUGGAUGAGAUGCCGUGGUGGGUUCGGCAGCAGCAGGGAGAGCAGGGGGGGGAGAAGCAGGGGUUUCAAGGAAACAGCGACACAUAUGCGAGCUUGUAUGGUGCUGGUGGUGCUGGUGGCGGGGGUUCAGUGUGGGAUAUGAGUCCGUGCAAGCCGGGGGGGUUUGAGGGAAGGCGAGGGGAAUACGAGGAGAAGCAACAGCAGCAGCAGCAGCAGCAGCUUCGUGGGGAGGAGAUGUUUCAGUUUGAAAGGGCGGGUCUUGACAUGGUGGGCUCGAAGGAGGGUCCACAUCCCCUCUCCCAUACUCUACCUGCUCGCACAGCCUCCCAGCCCUGCAACAAGUGGGCCCCUGACGCCAACACCAACCCCGAUCCACCGUCAAGCUUCAACCCCCGGAGGAGCCUUGACGUGGACGCGCUCGCAUAUGGCAUCAGGGAAAUACCCUCCGGCUCGCUCUCCGCCUUCUGGCCCUCUCCCGCCUCCCGGCAUGCAAAACGACCCGGCGCGGGUGUUGGAGCUGAGGGGCAUGCACGUGUCGAAUGCCGUGUGCCUGCUGCAGCAGGAGGUGGCUUCCCUGCGCUUUGCUGCUCAACGUACCAAGUCCCGCCAGCAGCUCUACGUGCGAGUGGGUUCAGGCCUCUACACCAGCGACCGUGUGCUGCAGCACAUGCCAGCAGUGGUGGAGCAGUAUUUGGUCGACCAGGAGGGUCUUCACGUGCUGGAGCCACAACCGGGUCUUCUAAGGGUGUUCAU